AUGCCAAAUCCCCCACCAAAGGAGGACACAUGGGCGUUUCAGAAAGUUGGAAGCCCGUUUCCACCGAACCCCGUGAAAUGUCUUGGAGAACAAAACAUGUACGUUGCACUGUGGUACAAACACGGAAAGCCAAUUCACGGGCGAUCAUGGAACAACGGAGGAGUAGUCGAAUGUUCGUUCCCGUAUAAAAAAGCAGAAUUGAGGACUGCCCAGCAGCUGGAAGGAAAUAUCCAGGUACUUCAAUACACAGGGGACCAUAAUACACAAGGAUUCUGGUACGAGUGGAUCAAGUAUAAGGAAAGAUUCGAUAAGGCGGAAGGUCGCCAGCUAGUUCAUUGUGGUGACUCCUUUCCUAUUCUAUGGAAGGACCGACCAGAGGUUAGUUUCAGCAACCUCAUUAGAUAA